AUGAAGGGGAGUGGUCCUCCACCGCUUGCACCUAAGCCUAAACAUGCGACAUUCCAACCACUGCCUGAGUCACACCACAAGGUGCCACCCAAACCACCCGCCAAGAAACCCCAACUGGUGGUGCAGAAGCCAACGGUCACCAAUGUGGGUCUAUUGAACAAAAUUGAAGACGACAGAGCAAAGUGCCUGAAGGUCGUGGAAGGCAUGCAGAAGCUACUGGAUACCUACGAGAACAACCCAAAUAUGGGCGACGAGAAAGCUCGCGCACAGACUGAGGAGUCGCUUCUUGUUGAGCAAGCAAGACUAAACGAAUACGACUACUGUAUCGCCCAGGCUAAUGCUACCGGUAUAUGCCCACAGCCACGCCAAAGCCAGAAACCUGACACGACGCAAUCGACUAAGAAGAGAGCAGCAGAAGAGGAAGCGGCCGUGAGAAAGGCCAAAGACGAGGCCAUCGAAAAACGCAAAAUGGCCCUCUUCAAUCGCAGCACACGGCGCAUGAAAGACCGCUCAUCCAUGAUGGAGCGCAAGAAGAACGAGAACAUUGAACGUGAGGCUAAUCGACUCAAGCUCAAGAAACUAGUGGAGAUGAAGGUGGCCCAGGAAGAGGCGAAGACACUAGAGGCUGACUACAAAGAGACUGAUUCACGGGCAGACAAGUUGGCUGCAGAUGCGGCUGCGAUGUUUAUGACCAGAGCGCAGAAAGCGGACAUGGACAAGGGUGCGGAGAAGGACGGCAAGAGUCCUGCAAACGCACGCACAUCCAUUUACGAAGGACACAAGCCACUGAGUGCUCUUUACGGCGAUAGAUCCACCAGUAGAAAGAGCGGAAUAUCCGACUCAUUGGCCAAUCAAAUGGCGACGUUGAGAGAGGCACAAGAGCAGAGGGAAAAGCCUGGAGCCGCCCCAGUCUAUCUCAGAAAAGCACCUCAGAUCCCCAAGAAGCCGAUGACGGGAAUGAGAAGAAUCUCACCCGCCGCUAUGACUCAUUCGGAACUGCUCAAACAGAAACGCGACAUACAACGAGCCUCUAUUAGGAACGCCAAUGGUCCUCCCGUUCCCAGAGGCUCUUCCACUCGACCGUCUGUACGGGCAACCGCUGUCGUCCCAGCCGGACGAAUGUCUAUACGGCAAUCUAUACGUGGUACAGGUCAACCUCACACGACUAUGUCUAAAAAUCCACCAAUGAGAAUGUCUGUUAAAAACCCACCAAUGAGAAUGUCUGUAAGGGGAAGUGUGCGGAAGCCCUCAUCCAAUCAGAACGACUUAAAAACUCCACCUCCACUGCCGCCGAAGAGAGGGUCUAUGAUGCGCAAGAGUGCGCGUGGCGUUGCUGGUUCUGCUCCGGGUAU